AUGUCUGCUCUUCCUAAAGCGAUGCGUACAAUGCGCAUCAUUGCUUUGCCUCUUUCUCGCCCAAAUAUUCCACCUGAUCAUGGCCUAAAGCCACACGCAAUUUUUAACCCCAACCGGAUGCUUAUUUUCUACCACUUUGACCUCUCUCAAGGCAACAGUGUUAAAACCCAAGAUCAGUCUAGUAUAAAGCGAGCGGUGAAAUGGGCGUCGAUAAAGGCUGCCGACCUUUGGGCUGGUUUUGGAAAGGCACCCGAAGGCAGUUGGAAGUUGCAAACUUAUGAGUUUGGCGAACGCAUCAUCGAUCGCAUAGACUUCGAGGAGCUAGCCCUGAAAGGCGUUGACCCUUCUUUAGGGCCAUCGAUUACUGAUGCAGAUGUAACACACAAAGCAAAUGAGGUAAAUCUUUCGGAGAAGCAAAGUCCGACGGAGGCCUUGCGAAUACCCCUCAUUUAUCCACCAUCCAUUUACGCUUCGCUACCACCCACGGGUGUGAAUGAAGUGUCGCAUCCCUCGAUUGUACACCUCCGCACGCUUCUAACCAGUCGGGAGCCCCGGCAUCGCAGAGGAUUUUGGAUGUGGAUGGCAAUUGCACCACUUACGGCCCCCUUCAUGAUUGUCCCUGUCAUACCCAACCUGCCAUUCUUCUUCUGUGUAUGGAGAUCUUGGUCACAUUACAGAGCAUAUAGAACUUCGCAAUACCUAUCGUCCCUUUUAGAUCAGGGGUUGAUCACGCCAGAGCCAAGCGCAGCACUUGAUCAACUCUACACUUCUUACGUCCCAUCCUUAUCGAACAUUGAAAGUUUGCGUUCACCGACGGCUCCCCCUCUCCGAUCCGCGGCUUCAUUACAAGCAAAUACUCCAAACAUGAAUGACGGCCACCCGUCUCAUGAUCCGACAGCUUCUUCAUCACAGCCUGAUGCAUCUAACGUACACAAGACCUCCCAACGAUUAUUACUCACUCGCAAAGCCAUUCCGCAGAUCUUGCAGCUUUUUGGUCUUCCACAAUCGUCAGCAGCAGACAUGUAUCGCGCAGUAGAACAAGUGCGUGGACGUCUCGGAGGAACAUCCGGCCGGUGA